AUGACUUCUACUCCUGCCUCCUCCGCAAAGGAGACCAAGCUCUCCCUCCAGACCCUCGACCAGUUGAUGCAGUCUCUGUCGGUCUCAAAGACCCAGGAUGAAAUCAACGCAGCCUCCAACAACCUGGCCACUCUCCUGAACGGCCCCAUUGAGGAGCAAGUUAUGCCCACCAAAGCCGUCGAGACCUUCAAGAAGCAGCUUGGAAACAAGAAAGAUGCUGCAGUCAGAGAGCGAGCCAUCGAUGGCAUUAAGGCCAUUGCUGCUCACUCCACCAUCUCGCCUGCAGUCGAGACAUAUCUGAUCUCCCUCCUUCCUCUGACGCUCGCCGCCGUUGGCGACAAGAUGGUCUCCGUCAAGAACGCUGCGCAGGCCGCAUCCCUCGCGAUUGUUCGAGCCAUCAACCCUAAUGCUGUCAAGGCCGCUCUUCCUCACAUCCGAAAUUCCAUCAUCACGGCUCAAAAAUGGCCCGAGAAGAUGAACGGCCUCGACUGCAUCGAGGCUCUCGUGGAAACGGCCCCCACUCAACUGUCAUUCCUUGUACCGACCCUGAUUCCCAUCGUUUCCGAGUCGAUGUGGGACACCAAGCCUGAAGUUAAGAAGAAGGCAUACGGCACAAUGGAAAAGAUCUGCAAGUUGAUCGAAAACAAGGAUAUCGAAAAGUUCAUUCCCGAACUGAUCAAGUGUAUCGCUAAGCCUGAGAACGUUCCCGAGACCGUUCACUUGCUUGGUGCCACCACUUUCGUUACCGAUGUCCACGAGCCCACCCUGGCCAUCAUGGUUCCUCUGCUUGAGCGAGGUUUGGCCGAGCGAGAGACUGCCAUCAAGCGAAAGGCCGCUGUGAUCGUGGACAACAUGUGUAAAUUGGUCGAGGAUCCUCAAAUUGUGGCUGCUUUCCUGCCCAAGUUGAUGCCUGCUCUGAUCAAGAACUACGAAAACAUGGCCGAUCCUGAGGCUCGUGAGAAGACCAAGCAAGGUCUAGAUACUCUCAAGCGUGUCGGUGCCGUCAAGGAGGAUGGCAGCUUCCCCAAGGUUUCGACCGCUGGUGAGGUUGCCACCGUCGUGGAGGUCCUCAAAUCCAUCCUCGAGCCAAAGCACAAGGACGCCUUGAAAUCUGAGGCCGUCAUCCAGUAUGUUGCCGCUAUUGCUGGUCAACUGAUCGACGAGAAGGUCACGGACGCUCCAGACUGGGUUUCCAAUACUCAAGAAUACCUCAAGACCCUGGUUGGCGAGCAAGACGCACCCGCCGUUGCUGACCAGCUCAGAAAGAAGGCCUCUCCAGGUAUCGAAGAGGAGGCCGAGGCCGAGCCUGACGAGGAAGAAGGCGAGGAUCUCUGCAACUGCACAUUCAACUUGGCCUACGGUGCUAAGAUUCUCCUCAACCAGACCCAUCUCCGCCUCAAGCGCGGCCAGCGUUAUGGUCUUUUGGGUCCUAACGGUUCUGGAAAGUCUACCCUGAUGCGUGCCAUCAACAACGAGCAGGUCGAGGGUUUCCCCAAGAAGAGCGAGGUCAAGACCGUUUUCGUGGAGCACGAUCUUGAUGCCGCCGAUACUGAACUCACCGUCAUCGGCUGGACCAUGAUGAAGCUGAAGCAGGUCAAUAUUGACAAGCCCCAGGCAGAUAUCGAGGCGAAGCUUGAGGAAUUCGGCUUCCUCAAGUCUCAAUUCGAGGGGGCAAUCACCUCUCUUUCAGGUGGCUGGAAGAUGAAGUUGGCCCUCGCUCGUGCCGUGUUCGAGGAGCCAGAUAUUCUUCUGCUGGAUGAGCCUACCAACCACUUGGACGUCAAGAACGUUGCCUGGCUCGAGCAAUACCUCAUCAACUCUCCUUGCACAUCCAUCAUCGUCUCGCACGACUCCAAAUUCUUGAACAACGUCAUUCAGCAUGUCAUUCACUACGAGCGCUUCAAGCUCCGAAGAUACCGUGGCAACCUCACCGAGUUCGCCAAGCGAGUCCCUUCAGCUCGCUCCUACUUCGAGCUCGGUGCCUCGGAGAUGGAAUUCAAGUUCCCCGAGCCUGGUUUCCUCGAAGGUGUCAAGACCAAGGCCAAAGCCAUUGUCCGUGUCAACAAGAUGUCCUUCCAAUACCCCGGUACCGACAAGCCCCAAAUCUCCGACAUCACUUUCCAGGUUUCCCUUGGUUCUCGUAUCGCCGUCAUUGGUCCCAACGGUGCCGGCAAGUCUACCCUUGUCAACGUCCUGACCGGUGAAUUGAUCCCUACCACUGGUGAAGUCUACCAGCACGAGAACAUCCGUAUUGCUUACAUCAAGCAACACGCUUUCGCUCAUAUCGAUAACCACUUGGACAAGACCCCAUCGGAGUACAUCCAAUGGCGUUUCCAGACUGGUGAAGAUCGUGAGACCAUGGACCGUGCCAACAAGAUUGUCACCGAAGACGACGAGAAGGCCAUGGACAAGAUCUACAAGAUUGAAGGUACUCAACGACGUGUUAUUGGCAUUCACGCCCGAAGAAAGUUCAAGAACUCGUACGAAUAUGAGUGUUCCUUCGCCCUCGGUGAGAACGUUGGCAUGAAGAACGAGAAGUGGACGCCUAUGAUGACUGCCGACAACGCCUGGAUUCCUCGAUCUGAAAUCCUCGCUUCCCACCAGAAGAUGGUUGCUGAAGUCGAUCAGAAAGAAGCCCUUGCCAGCGGUCAAUUCCGACCUUUGAUCCGUCGCGAAAUCGAACAGCACGGUGCCAACUUCGGUCUCGAUGCCGAACUCAUUUCCCACUCUCGUAUGCGUGGUCUCUCUGGCGGUCAACGUGUCAAGGUCGUGCUCGCUGCUUGCACAUGGCAACGACCUCACUUGAUCGUCCUUGACGAGCCCACCAACUAUCUCGACCGUGACUCCCUCGGCGCCUUGUCCAAGGCUCUCAAGACCUUCGAAGGUGGUGUCGUCAUCAUCUCCCACAACGCCGAAUUCACCGAGAGCUUGACCAACGAAGUGUGGUCUGUCGUCAACGGAAAGAUGACUCCAAGUGGUCACAACUGGGUGACUGGCCAAGGUAGCGGUCCUCGCCUGACUGACAAGGGUGAUGACGAAGAGGACAAGUUCGAUGCUAUGGGCAACAAGAUUGAAGGCAACAAGAAGGCCAAGAAAUUGACUUCAUCGGAGCUGAGAAAGAAGAAGAAGGAGAGGAUGGCCCGACGCAAGCGAGGCGAGGAAGUCUUCUCCGAUGAGGAUGAGUAG